AUGCCAAAUCGCCACUUUGCGAUUUCGUAUGAUACUCCUCAUGCGAACAGAGAAACAGUUGAUGAAGUAGAUAGGAUCCUUGGGCUGCAAACCAAUGGAAUCUGCAGAGCGAGAGUGAUGGCAAGGACGCCCGAUCAACGGGUACAGCUGACGGCAUUUAACGAGUUUCCGGAUCCAGAAACAGAGUCAAGAUAUCGCAAGUACUUCAUGGAGUCUGGGCUCCUCGAUUCCGAUUUUGUUUUCUUCAAAGUACUGGUUUUCUUGGGAACGUUCUACAACAUCUCGAUGGCUUUGUUCCGAUGGGGAAGGGGUCCUUCGAAUCGCAUGACAGAUAUCUUUGUCUACGUCAGAGUGGUGCUUAUCCUCCUUGGCUGGUGGAUCAUCAUCAGGUGGCAGUAUCUGCCUUUGAGAUGCCGAAGGCUUAUCAGCCAGUUCCUGAGAACUUUGAUGGUUGCCCGCGUCUUCAUGCACUUCUGCGAGAACUACUACGCGAAUUUCACAGUGGAUGCAAACAUUGUCUUUACGACUCUGUACUGCCUUGGAUCGAUCGUCUUCUCCACGACAUGGCUGGGCCAUCUCGCCUACACGAUUCCGGUCUGCAUGUCCAGGCACGGUAUGCUGCUUUUGAAGCGUGGGGGAUCUCUUUCAAUCCAAGAGCUCCCAAAUUUCGCUGUCCUGUUUGUCCUGAUGGUUGGAUUUGCGUUUGCCGCUUACUUUCUGCAUGGUCGGAAGAGGCGAAAGUUCGCUUUGAUAUGGUGCAAAGGUCAGUGA